UGCCACAGAUGAUCUCCCAAUUGAUGGCAAUUUAGAGGUGACAGAGGAUGAUAUGAAUGAUCCAGAGAUUGGUGAUGCCUUGAAAUCAUUUGGUUGGUCUGAAGAAGAUGAUAAUCAUGAACAAAAGAAUGAAUCAGAAUCUGUUCCUUUCAAUCAAGAAGCGGUUCAAGCCAAAAUCCUUAAUUUGAAGAAGGAGGCUCUUAGCCAGAAACGGGCUGGAAAUGUUCCUGAAGCAAUGGCUCUUCUUAAGAAGGCAAAGCUUCUUGAGCAGGACCUUUCCGACUCGCAAAUGCCUGAACCGGGAUUUUCACAGAAGACUCUUGAUAAUCAAAUCCAUGUACCUAAAAGUAAGAUGGUGAUUCAGAAGGAGUUACUAGUCUUGAAAAAGAAAGCACUUACUUUGAGAAGGGAAGGACGGGUAGAUGAGGCAGAUGAGGAACUGAAAAAAGGAAAGCUUCUUGAGCAGCAGUUGGAAGAGUUUGAGAAUACUUUAAAGAAACCUGUAAUGGCACUAGACAUGAAACACGUGGCCCAUGCCCAAGAUAGUGAUAUUGGGACCCUUGAUCUUGGAGUGGAUAGUGCAGAACCAGUUGUAACUGACCAAGAUAUGCACGAUCCUACAAUGUUAUCAGCUUUGAAGAAUUUAGGGUGGAUUGAUGAUGAAUCUGUUUCGCUGAGCGGAAAAAAUUUCACCUCCAAACCAUCCAACAGCCAUUCUGUGAAUGAAAGUGUGCCCACUACCAUGCCUUGGAUGUCGAUGAGAAACAAGGGAGAAAUUCAGAGGGAAUUAUUAGCUAUAAAAAGGAAGGCCCUUUCCUUGAGACGCCAAGGGAAGACUGAGGAAGCUGCAGAAGAGUUGGAGAAGGCGAAGGAUCUGGAAAAGCGUUUGGCAGACUUGGAAACACAAAGUUCAGGAUCUCUGGUUCAUUCUAGAAUUGAAGUGGCAAGGACAGCUGUUCCUGUUUUUCCGGAACUGGAUCAAAAUGUUGGAGUCAGCAGCAAACAAAAUAGCAGUAAUAGUGAGAAUGUUUCUUAUAAAGUUGAAAACACCAAUAGUAAAACGAGCAAAACUGAUGGGAUCAAUGGUUACAAAGAGGAGAUCCUUUCUCAUAAGAGAAAUGCUCUAGUUCUGAAGAGAGAAGGAAAGUUGAUGGAAGCCAAAGAGGAACUAAGGAAAGCAAAACUUUUGGAAAAGACUAUUGAAGAAAGUCAGGAAAGCAGUCCAGAUGAUAAACCUGCUCUAGUUUCUACUUCUGGACACACUUCAACCGUGCAAGAGAACAGCAGAACUCAUUUACAGAAACCAAUAUCGAGUCGUGACC